AUGUUCCGCAUUCCUUUCGCCAAGAUGUUCGGCGUUACGCCGCUCAAGAAGUUCCCGGCCCCCGUCAUGGAGCCAAUGGCCCCCUUCUUCGUUGCUGGUGCCGUCAUCUACUAUGGAGUUUACAAGGCCCAGACCGCCAUGGAGUCUACCGACGAGUGGAAGAACGACCCCCGCAACAAGUCCCGCCAAUAG